GCGGCGAUGACUGCUACUACAACGACGACGACAACAACGUGUCGGCUGCUGUGUCACGCGCCUGGACUUGGACGGGUACUGGGGUGAUGUUGUUUGACGGCGUCCGUCGACGGUAUCCGCCGUAUGUCGGGCGCAGUGGGAAAAAGGCGGAUGUUCAUCGCGUCGGAGUGGUUCUCUUGUCGCUGAGAAUGGGUCGCAUCGUUUCGGCCACGUUUCCGGCGUUUCCAGAGGACCUCAACCCCGAUUUCCGUCAUUUCCUCGACAUGUGCAUGAAGAAGGACGAGAAGAGUAGGUGGACUGCUUCGGAACUGCUGGAACACCCGUUUCUCAAGUCACCGUCUGCGUUGCCGUCACUCGUGUCACUUGUCAGCAGAGCAGGAGAUUCAGUUUUGAAGCCGGAGCGAGACGAUAAAGACGUUCAAAAGGGCGUCUCUGGUGCGUUGCCCGUCGGAGGGGCGACGGAUCCCCGACUU